AAUUUUAUGAUGUUAAAAAUUUCCAAUGCCAUGAACAAAAUGCACCCCAAAGUUGAGUCAUAGUGAUGGCAGCUGGGAAGCGUGUCCGUACAGCCAGAAGGUAGGAGCUAAGAUUGGCCGCAACCGGAGACAAACGGCAAGCAUAGACCGGUGACGACGGCCGGGUCCCAGACGACCAUAAAGCGCCUAAAUUAAAAUUGAAAAAACCAAAACCCUAACAAAAACAAAACUCCAAAUCCCUCCAAAAUAGACUCCAUACUCUUUCUCUUUGUUUCCGCUCCAGCCACCGAAAAUAUCUCAUGGCCCAAAAGAAGAGGAAUCACGGGGUGUUUGGGGAGGUUUACGGCAACAUGGCCAUGGUUAUUUCCAAGGAUCUCGACGAACUCCACAAGCUUUCUUUACCUCCUCCAGUUCAUCCCCCUUUCGAGAUCCGAUUUCAGCUUCCCGAUUUCGGGAUGGCCCUUAAAGAUUGCUUGAGGACUAGAGAAGUUGGUGAGUUUCUUAGUGGAGCUUUAGCGGGGGCUAUGACCAAAGCUGUUCUUGCUCCUUUAGAGACCAUCAGGACAAGAAUGGUGGUUGGUGUUGGAUCCAAAAACAUUUCCGGCAGUUUUUUUGAGAUCAUUGAGGAGCAAGGUUGGCAAGGACUGUGGGCUGGAAAUGGGAUCAAUAUGCUUCGUAUAAUCCCUACUCAAGCAAUUGAACUUGGAACAUUUGAGUGUGUCAAGCGAACCAUGACAUCAGCACAAGAGAAAUGGAGCCAGAUGGAGUGUCCAAAGGUGCAAAUUGGUCAUGUUAGUCUGAACUUUUCUCUCUCUUGGAUUUCUCCAGUGGCUGUGGCUGGUGCAGCUGCUGGGUUUGUUAGCACACUUGCAUGCCAUCCUCUUGAAGUUUUAAAGGAUAGGUUAACUGUAAGUCGUGACGUGUACCCUAACUUAAGCAUUGCAAUUGGCAAGAUUUACAAGGAUGGUGGGAUUGGUGGCUUUUAUGCUGGUAUUGCACCUACUUUGGUUGGCAUGCUUCCAUACAGUACAUGUUACUAUUUCAUGUAUGACACAAUAAAGAAAUCCUACUGCCAAGCAAAGAAUAAGAAGUCUCUAAACCGUCCAGAGAUGCUUCUAGUUGGAGCUCUUUCAGGUUUUACUGCUAGCACCCUCAGCUUCCCCUUGGAGGUUGCCAGAAAAAGGCUAAUGGUGGGAGCUUUGAAAGGUAAGUGUCCACCCCACAUGGCAGCAGCACUUGCAGAGGUCAUCCGUGAGGAGGGCUUGCUGGGACUCUACAGAGGAUGGGGUGCAAGCUGUUUAAAAGUUAUGCCUUCCUCUGGCAUUACCUGGAUGUUUUAUGAAGCUUGGAAAGAUAUAUUACUAGUUGAGAGACAUUUGCUAUGACCCUGAGCUUCUAGAAUAAUUUUCCCAGAGCUUUUGUAUUUCUUUUCCCUGGAAGUUGAGGUGAUUCCAUUCCUGGGUUGUAUGAAAGAUCGGGGAUUGAUUCCGAUCUUCUUCAUAACUGAUGAUGAGUAUGGGCUGUCCUCUUUUUGUUGAUAGCCCAGGCAAUUUCAACGGAAAUUAUUUGGUCAGCAUCAAUUUUGUUUCUCCAAAUUCGAUUGACAGAUUCCAAAAUGCUUAUUGCAUCACCUGCUAAAUGCAUUUUAAUCAAGUCUUUGUACUUCU